UCCGUGUCAUCCAUGUCGAAUUUUGAAUUCCCACAGUGACAGGUCGCAUCUCUUCAUAAUGAAUUGUUUUGUUUAACGCCUACUAGCCAUACCGGAGACGAAAGCGGAAAAUGUUCGAGGAAGCUGCACGCCUCCAAGCGCACAACCAGGAAAUGGUCAAGUGUAUUAGUCAACUGCGCUCGCAAAAACAGAAAAUGGCGGAAAAAGUCGCCAGUCAACAGCAGGAGCGCGUACAGUUGGAAAACGAAAUUGCGAAACUACAGCAACAGCUGGCCGCGCUCGAUGAAUCGCUGGAGCGAAACCGGCAGAAAUUGCACGAACAGGAAUGCAAACUCACCGAGACGGAAUCAGGCUACAGUAAGGUUGUGGACACCUUGCAUAUGCUGUUGAUGUCGGCCAAAAAAGACGAAAAAGUUCACAGUAGUGAUGAUUUGCCUAAAAGGAAAUAAUUCCGUGCCGUUUUUCACCUGCAACUUAAUAUUUUUUUAUCUGUGUUUACAAAUUAGCCACGCAAUGAUAGCAAUAAACGUUUUUAAUUAGGAAUAAUAAAUACUACAAAUAUUUGGUAAGAACCUCA